AUGGAUCAGCCCAGGUCCCCAUCCCACGCGGGCCAACGGGGGCUGCUCUGGCAGCUCCGGAGCCCCGGCACAGAGCAACCUGCAGGGAGGCGCCACGCGGGGUUCCCACUACCCGCCAGGGACCCGGUCCACAGGGCCAAACGGAGGGGUCUGUGCCGGUCGACACCCCAAGCCCUGUCGCGCCCCCACCUACCGUAUGGGACCGGCGGAGGAGAAGGCGCGGGCGCGGGCUCCCUGAGACAGCGUGUUCCGUCCCGGGAGGAAAGUUUGUGCCAUACAGAGGAGGCGGGGAGGACGUGGGCGCCGGUGGGUGGAGGCGGGGGUGGCGGCGCCGCGUGCUCGUAUGUCUGUCCCUCCGGCGAUCGGUGCGUCGGUCCCUCCCCGGAGCCCGCGGCCGCCGCGCUCUCGCUCGCUGCGCCCAGCGCCCGGCGCGCUCCGGCUCCAGCCCCGACGCGCCCCCGCCGCCGCCGCCGCGCGUCCGCCGGCUACACUUCCUCUUCCUCUGAACUCAUGUGCAAAAUAUGCUGCGCUGCAUCUUCAGGGAAAGCCUCGCGGCCCCUGACAGCAGCCGCUGGAGCCGUGGGCCCGCCCAGCUCUCCCUGCGCCCCCUCGGAGUUCCGCACGGUCACCUCCACGCGGCCGAGCUGCAAGCGACCCUCGCAGCCUCAGAACCCAGGGGUCAGGGGCACACCGAUCCUCCCUCCCAGCCCCUCCUAAUCAAGGUUGUGGGCUGUCAGGAGAGCGCCUGGGAGACUAGGAUCCCUCAAGAUUUGAGCCGGGAUGCUGAAAGGGCGACUGCCAUUAAGAGACCGUAUAAAGAUCACUGACAUGAGCUGCAUAUGCUGGCGGCCCCUCUGCUGUCAUUAUUUUAUGUGCUGGAAAACACUGC